UAAGUUACAUUGGGCAACAAUGUGGCGACGGCACGUGAGCUCGAUGCGGCGCUGCGCCGGCAUUCAUUGGGCAAUCCAUUGCCGCCCCGCCUCCUCACUUCAAGUUGUGAAUGCCACGACGAGUGCGGACAAGCUAGACGUGACGUGGGCCGACGGGCAUCGGUCGUCGGUUGACUUGUUCCAUCUUCGAGCGUGGUGCACGUGCCCUCAGUGCCAACAUAGCACAGGCCAACGGCUUCUCAACAUCACCGACGCCCCACCGGCGCCGCGAGUGGCAUCAGUCCAAGUUGCACCCGACAAUGCUGGCGUCCAUAUCAAGUGGGCAACUGGCCCCCAAGCUGACGCACUGCCUCACGCGACGCAUUUCUCGUCGGCGACCAUUCGCCAGCUCGUUUCCGCCCCUGCCUCCAACUCGUCCCCGCGUGCGCUGCCGUACGUACGGGCCAUGUCUCGCCGAGCCCUUACACUAUGCGUGUUGUGCGCAGCUCCACCACGCCAGUAUCGUCGGUAGAAUUCACCGCGCUUUCCUGUGACGACGGUGUAUUUGCGCUGUGCGAGCACAUCCAUCGAGAUGGGCUCGCAAUUGUGCGAAACGUGCCCAGUACCUCAGGCACCGUCCGGCUCGUUGCCGAGCGCAUCGCUCCGAUCUCGCACACUCACCUGUACGGAUCUGUGUUUGAUGUUGUGGCCGAGCAUAACCCCGUCAACAUUGCGUACACUUCGGCACGUCUCAAGCUUCACUUGGACUUGGCAUACUACGAGUCGCCUCCGGGCCUUCAGCUGCUCCAUGCCCUUCGCUACGAUGCCUCUGUUCAAGGCGGCCACUCGACUUUUCGAGACACGUUUGACGCCGCUGAAACAUUCCGCCAGCGCCAUCCUGACCACUUUCAAGUGCUGGCUCGCGUGCCGGCUACGUUCCAGAAGAUUCACACCGACCGCAAGACCCCCGCCAUCAUGGAGUACCAUCGGCCGCACAUCGCAGUAAACCACCGCGACGAGGUGACAGCGGUGUUCUGGAGCCCGCCGUUUGAGGGACCGCCGACCCGCAUUCCCCCGGCCGACAUGGCGGCGUACUAUGCGGCAUACCGAGCAUUCGACGCGAUUGUGCAAGAAAACGUGAUCGAGUUCAAGCUCGGCCAAGGGGAUUUGGUCAUUUUCAACCAGCGCCGGAUGUUGCACGGCCGAGAAGCGUUCGAGUCCGUGUCAGACGGCGUCCGCCAUCUUCAGGGCACUUAUGUCAACAUUGACGACUUUCUGUGCCGGUACCAGGCCCUCCGCCAUCGGAACAACGUCGCCGUCUCGGCCGCCGUCGGUACCAUGCGCGUCGGCAACCAGUCGUAUUAACAUGAAUCCAAACACGCCCGCGCUUGCGAUUUUCCCAUCCUGCAACGCCAUCCCCC